AUCAGCAACCAACAGCUGAACAGCACGAACACACACAGACACGGGCACACGAGCUAUCGACAUUCUUCAGAGAAGCAACAAUGGCAGCUCUUGCCGUUGUCUUUGUCUUCGCCAUUGCCGUUUUCGCACAUUGUUCAGCCGCCAUGGGCGCAGCGGCGGCGGUCGUCGAUCCAAACACUUCAGACACGAGAAACUUCACGGUACCUUCUGCUCCCUCGACGACGGCCAAGGGUCCGGUGACCUACGUGUUCGGCGACUCGAUGUCGGACGUGGGGAACAACAACUACUUCCCCAUGUCCCUCGCCAAGUCCAACUACCCCUGGUACGGCAUCGACUACCCCGGCCGCGAGGCCACCGGGAGGUUCACCAAUGGCAAAACCAUCGGAGACUACAUGGCUGACAAGUUCGGCGUGCCAUCCCCGCCGCCGUUCCUCUCGCUGUCGCUGGCCGGCAAGGACGUGCUCGGCGGCGUCAACUUCGCUUCCGGCGGCGCCGGCAUCCUGAACGAGACGGGCGUCUACUUCGUGCAGUACUUCUCCUUCGACGAGCAGAUAACGUGCUUCGAGACCGUCAAGAAGGCCAUGAUCGCCAAGAUCGGCAAGGAGGCCGCCGAGGCCGCGGUCAAUGCGGCGCUGUUCCAGAUUGGACUCGGGAGCAACGACUACAUCAACAACUUCCUGCAGCCGUUCAUGGCGGACGGCACCACGUACACGCACGACCAGUUCAUCCGCCUCCUCAUCACCACCCUCGAUCGGCAGCUCAAGCGGCUGUACGGGCUCGGCGCCCGGAAGGUCGUGUUCAACGGGCUGGCCCCGCUGGGCUGCAUCCCAUCGCAGCGCGUCCGCUCCACGGACGGCAAAUGCCUGGGCAAGGUGAACGCCUACGCCGCGCAGUUCAACGCCGCCGCCAGGAAGCUGCUCGACGGCUUGAACGCCAAGCUGCCCGGUGCGCAGAUGGCCCUCGCCGACUGCUACUCCGUCGUCAUGGAGCUCAUCGACCACCCCGAGAAGCACGGGUUCACGACGGCGCACACGUCGUGCUGCAACGUGGACACGGAGGUCGGGGGGCUGUGCCUGCCCAACACGAGGCCCUGCCGCGACCGCAGCGCCUUCGUGUUCUGGGACGCGUACCACACCUCCGACGCCGCCAACAAGGUGAUCGCCGACCGCCUCUGGGCCGACAUGAUGGUGAGCGCCGGGCACGGGGGCGCUGCUUCGGCUCCCCCUCGCGCCGGCGCGUCCAGCCCCGCCGCGGCGCCGGCGCCGUCCCCGUCUGAUGACUACUGAGGGCGCCAGCGCCCAGCGGAGCGUUUUGGCAAUUGGGAGUCGCAGAUGUUUUGAGUUCAUCACAUUGCGAGUUAUUUCUUUGGAAGAACCAUCGACUCUUUAUUCAUCACUUUAGAUUGAUGCAAGUUAUAGUAAUUCUGAAACAUAUGGAACCCUCAGGUGUGGGAAUUGAACAAAAAUGACAUGCGGGGUGCAGGCGAGUCUACGAUGAACACCCUUGCCUUGCAUAUGAGUUUUAUAAAUUUUCCAUUUUUUUAAAGGCUUCUCUUCUUCCGAAGGUAAACCAAAAUAUGACCUACAACUUUCAAGGGUUUUAGAGAUGACCACUUUCAAAGGUUUUAGACAUGACCGUUGUGUCAUCUAAUUUUCAGUGAUCAUGCUAUGGUC